CCGAGGCUCGCGCGCUGUAGCGCCGGCCGGGCGUCUCUGAAUCCUUGGCGGCCAAUGGGGGAGGUGGAGCCCGGGCCCGCGGGCCCGCUGGAGCCCCCGGAGCCACCUGAAGCGGCGACGGCUCGCCGGCCCGGAGGGAUCCGGGUCCUUAAGAGAAAUAUGAAACACAAUGGGGGAAGAAAUUGUUUGAAUAGAAGAAGUAGGUUUGGUUCUCGAGAAAGAGACUGGCUGAGAGAAGAUGUGAAGAGAGGCUGUGUUUACCUUUAUGGAGCAGACACGACCACUGCCACUACAACCACCACCUCUUCCUCCUCCACGUCCUCCUCCUCUUCUGACUUACAUCUGGUCCUUUGCACAGUAGAGACACCAGCGUCAGAAAUAUGUGCUGGAGAGGGAAGAGAAAGUCUCUAUCUACAGCUUCAUGGAGACCUGGUCAGGAGACUGGAACCCACAGAACGGCCUCUCCAGAUUGUUUACGAUUACUUGUCCAGGCUAGGAUUUGAAGAUCCUGUGCGUAUACAGGAGGAGGCUACAAACACUGACCUCAGCUGCAUGAUUCGAUUUUACGGUGAAAAACCAUGCCAGAUGGAUCAUCUGGAUAGAAUCCUACUGUCUGGCAUCUAUAACGUACGCAAAGGAAAAACCCAGCUGCACAAAUGGGCAGAACGCCUAGUUGUUCUCUGUGGUACCUGCCUUAUUGUUUCCUCAGUGAAGGAUUGUCAGACUGGAAAGAUGCACAUUUUGCCUCUGGUUGGGGGAAAGAUAGAAGACGUGAAGCGCCGGCAGCACUCCCUUGCUUUCAGUUCAGCUGGAGCCCAAGCUCAGACCUAUCAUGUCAGCUUUGAGACUUUGGCUGAGUACCAGAGAUGGCAACGGCAGGCGUCUAAGGUGGUGUCCCAGCGGAUCAGCACUGUGGACCUCUCAUGUUACAGCCUUGAGGAGGUUCCUGAGCAUCUCUUCUACAGUCAAGAUAUCACCUACCUCAACCUGCGACACAACUUCAUGCAAUUAGAAAGACCAGGGGGCCUCGACACACUCCACAAAUUUUCUCAACUGAAGGGCCUGAACUUGUCCCAUAAUAAGCUUGGAUUGUUUCCUGUGUUACUGUGUGAGAUUUCUACCCUGACUGAACUCAAUCUUUCUUGUAAUGGAUUUCAUGACUUGCCAAGUCAGAUUGGCAAUCUAAUAAAUCUUCAAACCCUUUGCCUCGAUGGCAAUGUUCUCACUGCUCUACCUGAUGAAUUGGGAAACCUGCAGCAGCUUUCUUCUCUGGGAAUUUCCUUCAACAAUUUUAGUCAAAUCCCUGAGGUUUUGGAGAAACUCACCAUGUUAGAUAAAGUGGUUAUGGCGGGAAACCGUCUGGAAGUCCUGAACUUAGGGGUGCUGACCAGGAUGAGCCACGCUAAGCAUGUGGAUCUAAGGAUGAACCACUUGAAAACUGUGAUUAUUGACAAUCUGGAGGGAAAUAAACACAUUACUCACAUGGAUUUGCGGGACAAUCAGUUGACUGAUUUGGACCUUAGCUCCUUAUGCAGCUUGGAACAGCUGCAUUGUGAGCGGAACCAGCUGAGGGAGUUGACACUCAGUGGCUUUUCCCUUCGAACCCUCUACGCCAAUUGGAACAAACUGACAGCAGUGAAUGUCUACCCGGUGCCCAGUCUGCUCACUUCUUUGGAACUCUCCCGAAACCUGCUAGAGUGUGUCCCUGACUGGGCCUGUGAAGCAAAAAAGCUAGAAAUACUAGAUAUGAGCUACAAUCUUCUCACAGAGGUUCCCACGAGAAUACUGAGUAGUCUGAGUCUUCGGAAACUGAUGGUGGGACACAACCACAUCCGUGUCCUUCCGGCACUGGUGGAGCACAUUCCGCUUGAGGCAUUGGAUGUCCAGCAUAACACUCUCUCCAGGCUGCCAGACACUCUCUUCUCCAAGGCCUUAAAUCUCAGAUACUUGAAUGCAUCUGCAAAUAGUCUGGAGUCUUUGCCUUCUGCAUGUGCUGGAGAGGAGAGUCUGAGUGUGCUACAGCUACUGUACCUGACCAACAACCUCCUGACAGACCAGUGCAUACCCGUCUUGGUUGGUCACCCACACCUGCGAAUCCUCCACCUCGCAAAUAAUCAGCUACAGACCUUUCCUGCAAGCAAACUAAAUAAAUUGGAGCAAUUGGAAGAACUGAACCUAAGUGGGAACAAGCUUAAAGCCAUUCCCACAACCAUAGCGAACUGCAAAAGGCUGCAUACCCUUGUCGCACAUGCCAACAACAUCAGCAUUUUCCCAGAAAUACUGCAACUGCCUCAGAUCCAGUUUGUAGACCUGAGUUGCAAUGACUUGACAGAAAUACUAAUUCCAGAGGCUCUGCCUGCUACUUUACAAGACCUUGAUCUGACAGGAAAUACAAAUUUGGUUCUGGAACACAAGACUUUGGACAUGUUUAGCCAUAUCACAACCCUGAAAAUUGACCAGAAGCCUUUGCCAACCACAGAUUCUACAGUCACAUCAACCUUCUGGAGCCAUGGACUGGCUGAGAUGGCAGGACAGAGAAAUAAGCUCUGUGUAUCUGCUCUGGCUAUGGAUAACUUUGCAGAGGGGGUAGGAGCUGUGUAUGGCAUGUUUGAUGGGGACCGGAAUGAGGAGCUCCCUCGUCUGCUGCAGUGUACCAUGGCAGAUGUGCUUUUGGAAGAAGUACAGCACUCAACAAAUGACACAGUUUUCAUGGCCAAUACCUUCUUGGUAUCUCACAGGAAAUUAGGAAUGGCUGGCCAGAAGCUGGGCUCCUCUGCCCUCCUGUGCUACAUUCGACCUGAUACUACUGACCCAACAAGUAGUUUUAGCUUGACUGUAGCCAAUGUUGGCACAUGCCAAGCAGUCCUGUGCCGAGGUGGGAAGCCAGUAUCCCUUUCUAAAAUCUUCAGCCUGGAGCAGGACCCAGAGGAGGCACAGAGGGUGAAGGAUCAGAAAGCCAUCAUAACAGAGGACAACAAGGUGAAUGGGGUAACCUGCUGUACCCGGAUGCUGGGAUGUACAUACCUCUACCCGUGGAUUCUUCCCAAGCCCCACAUAUCUUCUACUCCUCUUACCAUUCAAGAUGAAUUGCUGAUUUUGGGGAACAAAGCACUGUGGGAACACUUGUCGUAUUUAGAGGCUGUCAAUGCAGUGCGUCAUGUGCAAGAUCCAUUAGCUGCUGCUAAGAAGCUGUGCACAUUAGCACAGAGCUACGGUUGUCAGGACAACGUGGGGGCAAUGGUGGUUUAUUUGAACAUUGGUGAGGAAGGCUGCACCUGUGAAAUGAAUGGGCUCACCCUUCCAGGCCCCGUGGGAUUUGCUUCAACUGCCGCCAUCAAGGAUGCCCCCAAGCCAACCACUCCCUCCUCUAGUAGUGGGAUUGCCUCAGAGUUCAGCAGCGAGAUGUCCACCUCAGAGGUGAGCAGCGAAGUGGGCUCCACGGCUUCUGAUGAGCAUAACACUGUGGGCCUGGAGGCUGGCUUGCUUCUAAGGCCAGAGAGGCGCUGUAGCCUGCACCCAGUACCCACUGCAGGAGUCUUCCAGCGCCAGCCUUCUUGUGCUACUUUUUCCAGCAAUCAGUCUGACAAUGGACUGGACAGUGACGAUGAGCAGCCUGUUGAAGGGGUCAUAACCAACGGCAGCAGGGUAGAGGUCGAGGUAGACAUCCACUGCUGCCGAGGAAGAGACCUGGAGAAUUCCCCGACACUCCCAAAGAAUUCUUCCACCCUGUGUCCAGAGGAACAUGCUAGAGGGUUAUUUUUUGGGAUCCGAAGACAGAACAGUGUGAACAGUGGUAUACUUCUGCCGAUGAACAAAGACAAGACAGAGUUACAGAAGUCUCCCUCCACUUCCUGUCUGUAUGGAAAGAAACUCUCCAAUGGCUCCAUCGUGCCCCUAGAAGACAGCCUGAACCUCAUUGAGGUGGCUACGGAAGCACCCAAAAGGAAAACUGGCUAUUUUGCUGCCCCCACCCAGCUGGAGCCAGAGGAUCAGUUUGUUGUGCCUCGUGACCUGGAGGAAGAGGUGAGGGAGCAGAUGAAGCAGCACCAGGGAAGCAGGCCUGAGCCCGAGCCCCGUGAAGAGGACCGGACGGAGCUGCCCGAGGAGUUUGACACAGCGCUGUGACACUGCCCCGGGGGCACAGCAUGAGGGAGGGCUGUGUGGUACUGGGGAAGGGACCUUCAGGAGUUGCUUUGCCUCAGUGUUUCAAACCAUAGAUGUGUGGAGUAGAAUUUGGAGCCAAAAAGUUGAACGCUAUCAGGGUCUGGUUCUGGAUGAGCUAGUACCACCAUCAGUGUUAAGCUUCACAUGGGACCUUCAUUGGAUUCCCAACAUUGCUGGGAGACCGCAGAUGUUACUCUGUGUCAGUCCUGCCACCUGCCAUUAACCCUUUCUCUCCUAGGAUCAUUUGAGAAUUCGCCUGCCUGGGCAGGAAAGGGAUUCCUGUGGAGGAAGUAACUGAAGGUUGAUUCCCUUUACUAAUUGCUGCUGAUGGAUCUCUGUGACAGAGAAAUCACCUUAUGUCUCAGACUAACUAGUGGGGUGUGAUGUGACUAGUCACAUGGCUUUUCAUUCUCUACGAGAAUACAGCCUAUCAAAAUGAUGUCUAUUGGAGAUACAGAACCAAUCAAGCAGGUAAUUUAUGUAUGUAAUGUUAUGUAACGAGAGCACUUUCAUUGACUGUGAAUCUUUUUUUUUUAAUCUGCACUCGAGCCAAUCUUCUUAGAGGCAGCCCAGCUCCUUUGUCCAUAGGUAGAGGUAACUGAGGGUUGGAGCCUCCUUUGAGGGUACUUGCAGGGGUCCUGGAAAUUGAUCUGAUAAAUGUCAGACUAUGAACUGAGAAACUCGGGGUGGGAGGACAUGGGGAAGGAGUGAGAACUACGACUCCUUCCCCCAAAUCAAAAAGAGACUGGGCCCUGGAUAAGCUGACCCCUGCCAGGACUAGGAUCACAGGGCAAGCUGCUUGUGGAUCGGCCUCCUUUCCUACAUGUGAGAGCUGGCAGAGCUCUUGACAGGUAGCCUGACACCUUGAGUGACAGCAGGUGGGUCUGCAGCAGGAGACCAGCAGGAACAGGGCAGACAGAGUGCACAGGUUAGGCUUGCUCCUCUCACAAGAGCAGGAUGUUUUUCCAGAAUGGUGGUAGUAAGUUGAACACUCAUUCACCCUGUAGUGUUUGACACUGUGCCCUUCUGAAUGCUGCUGAUUCUGCUGACAUGGGGUUCAGAGCACUGGGCUCAACACCAGGGUAAGAAAGACUGUUCAACUGAGAAAUUGCCAAGCAUACAGAAAACCUGUAAUUUUUUCAUAUUCCAUAUAAUCAUAGAAAAUUACAGCUUCUUGUAUAUUUCUGUUGCUUUUUCCACUAGGUUUACAUAAAAAUUAAUUCCUAUUUAUUGAUACAAGUUUUGGCAUUGCUUGAUUUUUUUUUUUUACUCAGUGGAAAAUGAGCUGUGAAGUUUUAGAAUAUUACGUAACUAAAAAGUAGAUUGGAACAAUUUUUAAUUUACUUUAUCAGAAGCAAAUUGUUAAAUAUAAGAUUAGGAGCAUGAAUUUUUCCUUUAUGUUUGGAGAGGAAGUUUUGUUCCAAGUAAUACUAAAGAACAGAUGAUCUUUCACAGAUAUCCUGUCCUCAGAGACCCUGUGCUCAUAUGUCCAUCAGAGGGUUAUGCUGGGCGGGGCGGGGUGCUAUAUCACUCCACUUGCUACCUAAUGUUUAGCCCUCAAAAAUUUGAGCUUGAGUCCCAAAGUCAUCAGGAACACUUAACUUCCUUCUGUCAAACUACUGUCAGUUACUGGAAAAUGUUAGAACUCAGGUCUUUGAUUUGAGGUGGGACACAGUAGCUUAUACAGAGUUUAGGUGUGUUAGAGAGAUGAGAAACUGUGUUGUCACCUUAUUUUUGUAUGAAGAAAAUGAAAAAAAGAAAGAAAAUGAGAAUAAAGAGAAAACACAAGGUGUGGAUGACGUAAGGCAGCCUCCGCAGACCCUUUGAGCUGUAGAACAGUGGUGAAGUUGAGAAAUCAGUUAUUUGAAAAAUAGCACUUCAGUAGCAUAGUCUUAGAAGAAAUUGUCUUUCUGUGUGAACUGUUUUCUUGUCUUCUAUUUGUUUACCACCCCAUUCACUAAAAUCACCUCAAAACCCAGCUCUGAAAUGACCUUGACAGAAGUAAACAUCCUUGCUUUUGUGUUAGUGGAACUCUGUGGCUCCAGCAUCCUUUGUGGUGGAGUUUUCAGGAUUCCUUAGGCUGUGUUGAGAAACCUCAGUGUAGGCCAAACCAAAACCGAUGGUUCUGUUUUUGUAAUUGCCUUUCUUUCAUGUCCUAUCACUGCUCUGUAUUAAAAACAGAGGGUUAAAAGGCCAUAGUCCAUUCCCCAAAACAUAAUACACCCCUCCUGUGACAGUGAGGUGAUCGGCUGAUGUUGUCUGGAUAGGCUGUCAGAUGAAUAGAUCCCUUCCCUUCCUUUACCCGGAGGAUGUGUUCUCCAGGUGGCCAGAGGACCAGUUACCUCUUACACAGAGUGCCCACUCUCUGUAGGAUUCUUGAGUCUCUGUCUGCAUCUACCAUUUAAUUAAUUUAAGAGAAUUUCUGAGGCCGGGUGUGGUGGGACAGUGGCAUGCAAUUGCAAAUCCUCACUUGGGAGGUGGAAGCAGGAGGAUCAGGAAUUCAGGGUUAUCCUUGGCUACAGAGAGUUCAUAUCCAGUCUGGUAUGCAUUAGUCCUUUCCUCAAAACAAAACAAACAGGGUUUCUGAAGGAAGAACAUACCAGGCUGUAGGUGCAGUUCAGGAGGCUCACUGGCAAAGAAAAAUGUCUGUGCCCUCCAGCCAAGGUGUUUAUUUAACCCAGUGGACAGACAACUGAAAAUUCCAGUGUUGAUAGGAAAUGAAGUUCUGGUGCCGCUCUGGAAUCCAGUCGUUGAGCAGACCACUCCUGACACAAGCGAGGCUUGAUUACACUACUGUGGCGCAUACACGUGCAAUAAUCAGUGAACUCGUUUCCCUGGUGUACAGAAAAGUCACCUGAGCAGCUGGUAAUCUCUGGGUGCUAUUACAGUGUGUGUGAUGAGUGCUGUUUUCCAGGCCAUCAGAUUGGGCUGAUCCUCUGAAUAUCCAACAGUGCUCUUCUUUCUGUGUAGACCUUCAGCAAAAGCAGGUACUUGGAAAUCACAAUCUCACCUUCUCUAUCUAUUCAAUAAUUAUUAAUGAAGAGACCUCCAUAAGGGAGCACUUGGCUGUUACCAAUAAAUGUACCAAUUAUUAAAGAAUCCGUCUCCAAGCCAUCUGGUGAUGUCUGCAGCAUCACUCUAGAACUGUCUUGUGUCACUUUUUACUUCCCUCUGGGUGGAGGCUUUCAGACUCCCCAAGGCAGGUUAAUCUUUCUCUCCGGGCAGUGACUUUGCCCUGUGGUUGGGCAAGCACUCUCUAGACUGAGAGAAUCAGCUACGUACAUCUGCUCUGUACCGUCAUUUGGUGAUCAGCCAAUCAGCAUUAGCUCCUUGUAUCUAAAUCUCAUGCACCUCUCCCAGAUGCUGUAGGGUUUUCUCUCACUGUUGCCGGUGGAUGUCAUCCAAACAGUGGGCUCAUAUCUUUGGUUUUUGUGCAAUCAUUGUUGUAUUGUAGUCCUAAGACUCAUUAUAGUGUAUUUUUGAUAUUUUUGAAAUGUGUUAAAUUUUUUAAUUCAAUAAUAUGAGCCAGAGCAUGUUGCAGCAAAUCUAUUGUUUGUAAAAAAUAAUAACAAUAAAUAAAAUAAAAUGGGA